CUUCACGUAAAGGACAACCUGUCAUCAUUUUCUUGUAGUUAAUCUACAACCAUGAUGUGAACACCCGAUCCUCUACUUAAGCAAUCUCUCACACACCACUGCCUGGAUUCUUUGUACUUCUUCACCAUAACUCUUUCGCCGGCUAAUCCUACGACAUGGUACGCUCGACUUCGAUUGCUGCUGCUGCAGCUUCCUUUGCACUAUGUGCACACGCCGGAAGCUUCUAUUCUAAAAACUCGCCCGUACUCCAGCUGAAUGGUAUGGACUACGACCGAGUGAUUGCAAAAUCCAACUAUACUUCCAUUGUCGAGUUCUAUGCACCAUGGUGUGGUCAUUGCCAAAACCUCAAACCCGCAUACGAGAAUGCCGCCAAGUCGCUCGCCGGAAUCGCUAAAGUUGCAGCCGUAAACUGCGACGAGGAGAUAAACAAACCGUUCUGCGGCCAAAUGGGUGUCCAAGGAUUCCCAACCCUCAAGAUUGUUAGGCCUGGAAAGAAGCCAGGAAAGCCCACAGUGGAGGAUUACCAGGGCCCUCGCAAUGCGAAGGGCAUCGCUGAGGCUGUUAAGGACAAGAUCCCGAACACCGUGAAGCGAAUUACGGAUAAGAACUUGGGAGAGUGGCUGCAAGAAAAUGCCGAGGCACCAAAGGCCAUUCUAUUCAGUGAUAAGGGUGCGAUCAGUGCUACCCUGAGGACUGUAGCUAUCGACUUCGCUGGCUUGAUACCCAUUGCCCAGAUUCGCAGCAAUCAGCAGGAGGCUGUCCAGAAAUAUGGUAUCAGCAAAUUCCCCGCCCUGAUUCUCAUUCCGGGCGAUGGGAAAGAUCCUAUCACUUUCGACGGAGAGGUCAAAAAGGACGCGAUUGUUGACUUUCUAUCACAAGCUGCGACCCCUAACCCUGAUUGCCCACCUCCAAAGGGAAAGAAGUCGAAGAAGGACAGCAAGAAAGAUGGCAAGAAAGAUGGCAAAAAGGCCUCCAAGUCAUCUUCAUCGGUUAAACCAACCGACGCUUCUCCAGUACCAGCAGCCUCGGAAAGCGUUGAAGAGCCAAUCAAGCCUUCGGAGUCCCCUGAUGCAAACCUCAAGGAUGAAGACACACCAGAGCCCGUUGUCAUUCCUACCGAAGAGGCGAAGCCGACCAUACCUGUCGUUUCUGAAACAGCUGAGCUCCAGAUUUCUUGUCUCAAUGACAAGAGCUUAACGUGCAUUCUUGCUCUCCUCCCCAAAGAGGAAACCUCAGAGGCGGCUGUCGCUGUAACGGACUCCCUAGCGUCCAUUCACAAGAAGCACGGCGACAAGCUCUUCCCAUUCAUUGGCGUUCCAGCUUCUAACCCGCUUGCUUCCUCGAUUCGCACCGAAUUAGCACUUGGCGGGGAGGAUGCGGUACACCUAAUUGCUACUCACGGCAAGCGUGCAUGGUAUAAGAAGUACCCUGGAUCUACGUUCGGACCCUUGGAGGUAGAGCAAUGGGUUGAUGCCAUCCGAAUGGGUGAAGGAAAGAAGGAGAAGCUUCCCGAGUCGCUGAUUGCUCAGCAACAGUCAGAGGCUAAGGAAGAAAAGGUGGCCGAAGAAGAGCCCAUCAAGAUCAACAUUGCAGAUAUCCCAGUCGAGGAGCCGAAGAAGGACCAUGAUGAGCUUUGAUCUUGUGUUCAUAGCACGCAUGAUUAACUACACCAUCCCAAAAGCAUAAAUGUAUAACAAUACCAUAGUGACAUACUCCUUAUCAAGUCGC